ACAACUGGAGGAGGCAGCGGGACUGCAGCCUCGAGACCGACAGCAAGGAACCAGAGGAAAAAAAAAUAGCUCUGGAGCUGCUGGAGACAGAGCAGGCUUAUGUCAACCGCCUCCACCUUCUCGACCAGGUAUUCUAUACAGAGUUGAUGAAAGAAGCCAAAAACGGGAAGACGGUCCCGGAGGAGGUGGUGAAAAUGAUCUUCUCCAACAUCUCCUCCAUCUACCAGUUCCACGCCAAGUUCUUCCUGCCAGAGCUGCAGAAGCGUAUGGAGGACUGGAGCUGCAACCCCCGGAUCGGGGAUGUGAUCCAGAAGCUCGCGCCGUUCCUCAAGAUGUACGGCGAAUACCUCAAGAACUUCGACAAAGCCGUGGAGCUCAUCACCACCUGGUCAGAGAAAUCCCCACCCUUCCAGGAGCUCAUCCAUGACAUCCAGAGGAAGGUCUGUGCUAACCUAACGCUGCAGCACCACAUGCUGGAGCCUGUGCAGAGGAUCCCACGCUACGAACUCCUCCUGAAAGAUUAUGUCCGAAAACUGCCACCCGAGUCCCCGGACCGGGACGAUGCGGAGAAGGCCCUGGAGAUGAUUUUUAUGGUGGCCAAGCAUUCAAACGCAGCCAUCGCCGAGAUGGAACGGCUGCAGAACCUCUGGGCGGUCUAUCAGCGGCUGGGCCUCGAGGACGACAUCGUGGAUCCCUCCAACGAGCUGAUCAAGGAGGGGCCGAUCCAAAAAAUCUCCACCCGCAACAACAGCACAUCGGAGAAGUACCUGUUCCUGUUCAACAACAUGCUGCUGUACUGCGUGCCCAAGGUCAUCCAGGUGGGCGCCGAGUUCCAGGUCCACCUCCGCAUAGACGUGGAUGGCAUGAAGGUGCGGGAGCUGAACGACACCCAGUUCCCUCACACAUUCCUGGUCUCUGGAAAGCAGAGGACUCUGGAGCUGCAAGCAAGGUCUGAGGAGGAGAUGAACGCCUGGAUCAAGGCCUUCCAAGAUGCCAUUGACAGGAAGGAGAAGAGGAGUGAGAGCUUUAAGACAGUGCAUGGGCUGGAGACAGGCACCUCUGAGCUGAAGACUGAGGAGCUGGGUCGCCGAGCCCCGCAGUGGGUGCGGGACAACCUGGUGACCAUGUGCAUGCGCUGCAAGGAGCCCUUCAACGCCAUCACACGCCGGAGACACCACUGCCGAGCCUGUGGAUACGUGGUGUGUGGUCGCUGCUCGGACUACAAGGCCGAGCUGCAGUACGAUGGGAACCGCCUGAACCGCGUGUGCCUGGAGUGUUACGUCUUCCUGACGGGCCACGUGGUGCUCGAGGACCGGGAGGGGAAGCACAGAGGCAUCCUGGAGAAAGGGGCUGCAGAGGUAUCGGGCAGGAGUUUGCUGUGCAGUUCCCUGCAGCUGCUGGACAAGAACAGCAAGGGGAGCACACGGGGCUGGUUUGUGAUCCCCCAGGAUGAUCCCCUCGUGCUCUACAUCUACGCAGCCCCCCAGGAUGUCCGAGCCCACACCUCCAUCCCUCUGCUGGGCUACCAGGUGAAGGACCUGCCCCAGGGUGAUUCCCGCCACCUCUUCCAGUUGGCCCAGUCCGGGCAGGUCUACACCUUCCAGGCUGACACGGAGGAGCUGAAGCAGCGCUGGAUGAGGGCCAUGGCGCGCUCCGCCGCAGGGAUCACACACCCGGAGGAGGAUGAGGAUGAAGACUCCUGCGAUGAAGCAGAAUGAGGCCGUAGAAUCAUAGGAUGGUUCGGGUUG